GAAGUGGAAUUUGCUGCCUCUCUGUAUAAUAAUGCCAUAGACUUUUAAAAGGCUAUUUUUAAUAUCAAGCAAUUAAAAGGUGGCACCUUGACUGGGAAAGCCCUGAAUUUCACACUGGCACUCAUGAAGGAGGGAAAGAAGGACAGGAAAAGUGAAGUUCUCUGCUUCCUCAUUGUAUUGACUGAUGUUAAGUCCCAGGACAGUGUCCUGGAGUCUGCAGCAAGACUAAAGGCUGAACAAGUUAUUAUUCAUGCAGUUGGCAUUGGAGAGGCUAACAAAACACAGCUGCUGCAAAUAGCUGGGAAAGAAAACAGGGUUAACUUUGGGCAGAACUUUGAUUCCUUAAAAAGUAUAAAAAAGGAUGUGAUUUGCAGCAUCUGCACUAAAAAAGGAUGUGAAGACAUGAAGGCUGACAUCAUGUUUCUGGUGGAUAGUUCUGGAAGUAUAGGAUCUGCUAAUUUUGAGACAAUGAAAACCUUCAUGAAAGACCUGUCGACUAAGAUUGACAUUGGUGCAAACCAAACCCAGAUUGGUGUGGUUCAGUUCAGUAAUCAUAAUAAGGAAGAGUUCCAGCUUAACAAAUACUUUACAACAAGAGAAAUUUCUGAUGCAAUAGACAGGAUGUCUCCCGUUGAUAAUACCACCUUGACAGGAAGUGCAUUAACCUUUGUAAGUCAAUAUUUUGCCCACCCCAAGGGGGCCCGUCCCCAGGUCAGAAAGUUUCUCAUCCUCAUCACAGAUGGUGAAGCACAAGAUGAUGUGAGGGUUCCUGCAAUUGCUCUUCGGGAAAGUGGGGUGAUCAUCUUCUCUGUGGGAGUGUUUGGUGCCAACAGGACUCAGCUGGAAGAGAUCAGCGGAGAUCGAACCCUCGUUUACCAUGUUGAGAACUUUGACCUCCUGAAAGCACUCAAAAAUAAACUCAUCUUUAAAGUGUGUGCUCUCCAUGAUUGUAAAAGGAUUGAACAGUUAGACAUUGUCUUUGUGCUGGAUCACUCUGGCAGCAUCAAUUCAGAACAGCAAGAAAGCAUAGUCAACCUGACUGUCCAUUUGGUGAAAAAAGCAGAUGUUGGCAGGGACAGAGUUCAGUUUGGAGCUCUCAAAUAUUCAGACGAUCCUGAGAUUCUUUUCUACCUUAACACAUACUCCACCAGUUCAGCAAUCACUGAGAAUCUGAGGAGACGCAGGACUACUGCAGGGAAUACCUACACUGCCAAGGCUGUCAAACACUCGAGCAUCAUGUUCAGAGAGGAGCACAGCAGCUGCAUCAAGCAAAACGUGAAGCAGAUGCUGAUCAUCAUCACAGACGGGGAAUCCCAUGACCGAAGCGAGCUCAGCAGUGCAGCAGCAGCAUUGCAAUUAAGAGACAAAGGCAUCACCAUCUUUGCAGUGGGUGUAGGAAAAGCCAACCAAGAUGAACUGGAGAUGAUGGCAGAGCAUAAAAACAAUACUAUCCAUGUGGAGAAUUUUGACAAACUGAAAGAUAUUUAUCUGCCUCUACAAGAAAGAAUGUGUACCAAUGCACCAGAAACCUGUGACCUUCAGGAAGUUGAUGUGGUAUUCCUUUGUGAUGGGUCUGACUUGGUAUCAGAUUCAGAGUUUGUUGCCAUGAUGACUUUCUUGUCAGAUUUAACUGAUAAUUUUAAACUUCAGCCUCACAUGCAAAUUGGGAUGGCUCAAUAUGGAAGCUGCUACCAGGAAAUUAUUGAGUUGAAAAAUUCUCUGACUACAACCCAGUGGAAGUCAAAAAUUCAAACUGUUGCCAAAACCAAUGGGUUUCCGCAAAUUCACUAAGGCCUUAAACAUGUGCUCCAUAUGUUUGAUCCACCCACUGGUGGGAGAAAAAAUGCUGGUGUUCCUCAGAUUUGGGUGAUUAUCAUAUCUGAGCAUCCUGCCUAUAAUGUGAUAGAUGCAGUAAAAGCCCUAAAAGACCUUGGAAUUUGUAUCCUGGUUUUGGGCAUUGGCGAUGUUAAUAAAGAACAGCUUCUGCCGAUAUCCAGCAAUUCUGAAAAAAUAAUCACUUUGCAAGACUUUAAUAGAUUAAGGAAUGUGGAUGAAAAAAGAAUGGUUCGUGAAAUCUGCCAGAGCUGUGGGAAAACCAGUUGCUUUGUGGAUGUAGUGGUCGGGUUCAACAUUUCCACUCACCUUCAAGGUCAGCCUUUGUUCCAGGGCCACCCCCACUUGGAAUCGUCCCUCCCAGGCAUUUUACAGGAUGUCACUUCCACCAGGAGCGUGAGCUGUGGGGGAGGUGCUGGGGCCCAGGUGAGCCUGGCCUUUAGGGUGAACAGUGAUGGAGAGUUCCCUGCCAAGUUCCUAAUCUACCAGAAGGCAGUGUUUGACUGCUUGCUGCAAGUUUCCAUCCGUGGCCCAACUCAUCUGAAUGCACAGUUCUUGCAGUCCCUGUGGGACACAUUUGAGGACAGAUCUGCAUCCCAGGGACAGGUGCUGCUGAUCUUUUCAGAUGGUCUCCAGGAUGAAAGCAUCACAAUGCUUGAAAAUCAAUCAGACAGGCUGAGAGAAGCAGGACUUGAUGCUCUGCUGGUGGUAGCUCUCAGCACAGCUGCUCAGGAUGAGUUUUCCAGCUUUGAAUUUGGAAAAGGAUUUGAUUAUAGGACUCACUUGACCAUUGCAAUGACAGAGCUAGGCAGCAUGCUGUCAAAGUACCUGGGAAACAUUGCAGAGAGGACUUGUUGCUGUACAUUUUGCAAAUGCCAAGGGGUCCUGGGACCUCACGGAACCCAGGGAUUGCAAGGUUUCAAGGGUUCUUCAGGUCAGAAAGGCAGCAGAGGACACAGGGGAGAAGACGGAGACCCUGGAAGAAGAGGAGAAACUGUACCCCAAGGAGAAGGGAUUACAGGAUGUUCAGGGCAGCGGGGUCAAAAGGGAGCCAAAGGACUUUCCACCUCUCAGGGAGAACCAGGCGACAGUGGGGUGGAUGGAACUGAUGGAGAGGAGGGAUUACAUGGAUUUCCUGGGAAAAAAGGAGAAAAAGGUGAUCCAGGAUCUCAGGGCCACCCAGGUUCCAGAGGCGCCCCCGGCAGAGAUGGAGGAAAGGGCUUCCCAGGAGAUCCGGGUAAUCCAGGACGAAACAGUAACAUCAAAGGACAAAAGGGCUCCAAAGGAGAACAAGGAAGACAAGGUAGAACUGGGCAGAAGGGGACACAAGGCAGUCCCAGCUCCAGAGGAAGAAGGGGAAUGGAAGGCCCAAGAGGGCCCCAGGGAGCUUUGGGGAAACCGGGAAAUCCUGGACCUCAAGGUGCACUGGGAGCUAAAGGAUUACAAGGCCCACAGGAUGGAAAUCCUGGCAGAAAAAGAGAAAAAGGAAACCAGGGGCACAAAGGACCUCAGGGUUCUUCUGGGAUAGUGGGACUUAAAGGGAGCAUUGGAAGAACUGGACCUAUGGGGAGAAAGGGGGAACCUGGAGUUCCUGGAGACCCAGGUCCAGUGGGGCCACCUGGACAGCGUGGAAAGCAGGGUCCAAGAGGAUUCCCUGGAGAUAUGGGGCAGAAGGGUGAAGUUGGCAAUACUGGAAUUCCUGGGGAGCUUGGACCCAAAGGAUUUUGGGGACUAACUCUCACUGUAGGCUUGAAAGGUGAAAUUGGACAUCAUGGAUUGCAAGGCCUUCCUGGGCGGAAAGGCCCUAAAGGCAUGGCAGGGGAGCCUGUGUUUUCUCAGUGUGAUCUGAUCCAGUUUGUGAGGAACUAUACUUCUUGUUGGAAAGAAAAGUGUCCAGUAUACCCAACAGAGUUGGUUUUUGCCUUGGAUCAAUCCUCUGGUGUCACCGAAUGGAGAUUUAAUGAAACAAGGGAAAUCAUCACUUCCAUUGUCAAGGACCUUAAUGUCAGGGAAAAUAAUUGUCCCAUGGGAGCAAGGGUUGUUGUGGUUUCCUACGAGUCAGACACCAACUAUCUUAUCCGUUCGUCUGACUACCAUAGCAAGAAGCAACUUCUCCAGCUUCUUUCCCAAAUAGAACACCAAGUCCCCACCGGGGUCCUAGACAUUGGCAACGCACUAAGGUUCGUGGCCCACAAUGUUUUCAAGAGGACGUAUGCAGGAGCCAAUGUGAGGAAAGUUGCGGUGUUUUUUAGCAAUGGUCAAGCAGCCAACAGUUCACCCAUCCUCAUAGCCACCAUGGAGUUUAGUGCCCUAGAUAUCAGUCCAGCGGUUUUUGCUUUUAAUGAAAGAGCUUUCCUCGAUCAAGCUUUUCGGUUUGACAACACUGGAACGUUUCAGGUGAUCCCAAUGCCUUCAGAUAGGGAACGUGAACAUCUAGAAAGGCUGCGAUGAUGUGUACUUUGCUAUGAUAAAUGCUUUCCAAAUAUUUGUGCUAACGAGAGCUUCUUACCUGAAAAUUCAUACAUGGAUGUAGCCUUCCUUUUAGACAGUCCUCAAAAUAUAGCAAAUGAUGAUUUUAAGGCCCUGAAAAACUUUCUGAGCUCAGUAAUUGACAACUUCGACAUUGCUUCAAACCCUACAAUCUCAGAGUCUGGUGAUAGGAUUGCCUUGUUGAGCUAUUCUCAGGAUGCUUCCAAAAAGGGUAGAGUAAAAACAGAGUUUGACUUUACAACUUAUGACAACCAAGUACUAAUGAAGAGCCACAUUCAGACUUCCCUUCACCAGCUGAAUGGAGAUGGCACCAUUGGUCAUGCCCUGCUGUGGGCCAUAGAACAUCUCUUCCGAGAAACACCCAGCCUGAGAAAACAAGUCAUCUUUGUGGUCUCAGCUGGAGAAAACCAUGAGACAUAAGAAUUUGCAAAGAAGGUGGCUUUGCGGGCCAAGUACGAAGGCUAUGUCAUAUUUGUGAUUUCCCUGGGCUCUGACGACAUGGAACAGUUAGCCAGUUACCCACUUGAUCACCAUCUGAUACAGCUUGGGAGAAUGCACAAGCCAGAUCUGAAUUAUAUCGUGAAGUUCCUAAAGCCAUUUAUAUACUCAGUCAGAAAAGAAUUCAAUUAGUACCCACCACCCAUGCUGGAGGAUGCCUGCAGGCUCGUCGGUUUAGAAGAUGAUCAGAGCAGCAGUAGCCAAUGAGUCAGAAGGCUGUUAUAUUCACAAGUAACUGCUAACAGUCUCAUUGGCCAGGAGCUCAGCACUGGGAGACAGUCACCUUUUGUGUUGGAGGACAGUGGAGAUGCCCAUUUGGUUUACAUCCCAAAUGGAAUGUUAGAGCCACAUAAACUAGUGACUAACUAUGAGAAAGGUCAGGAGCCCACAGAAGCUACAAGUCUGACUUCCGGAUAUGAAAAUCAUGGCAGGAAAAAAGAACCAGUUCUGACUUAUGAACCAGGAGAUGCUUCUCUUCAAGGAUAUUGCAUGAAUGUGGCCUUCCUCAUAGGUGCUUCCCAAAGAGUAGGGCAUGAUGAGUUUAAGGAAGUGAAAGCUUUUAUAACCUCAGUUCUUGAUUACUUUUACGUUACCCCAGAUCCACUGACUUCCACCUUAGGGGACAGAGUGGCUGUCCUGACCUACUCUCCACCCAGGUAUCUGCCUGACACUGAAGACUUCCCUGUCUACCUGGAAUUUGAUUUGAUUACUUAUAGCAAUAUACAUCAAAUGAAACAUCAUCUCCAACACUCUCUUCAACUGAAUGGAGAUGUUUUCAUCGGUCAUGCCCUGCAGUGGACAAUUGAUAAUGUCUUUGUAGGGACCCCUAAUCUGAGGAAAAACAAAGUUAUCUUUAUAAUAUCUGCUGGUGAAACCAACCCAUUAGACAAGGAAAUCUUAAGGAAUGUAUCUCUGAGAGCCAAGUGUCAAGGCUACUCCAUAUUUGUAAUUUCCUUUGGUCCUCUACACAAUGACAAGGAAUUAGAAGAAUUAGCCAGCCAUCCCCUGGAUUACCACUUAGUCCAGCUUGGUCAGACCCACAAGCCAGAUCUGAACUAUGUCAUCAAGUUCAUCAAGCCAUUUGUUCAUUUAAUUAGACGUGGUAUCAACAAAUAUCCCAACAGUGACCUGAAAGCCCAGUGUGACAACAUCACCUUUCCCAGACAGGAGAACAUCAGCACAGAGAACACUGUAUUACUUAUUCCUGAGGUGUAUGAAAUAGAGACAGAGGACAGUGGACUCUUUGGUCACCUUGGUUCCCAGGAGCAACAUUUCUUUGAAUCAGGGAACAACAGUAAUAAUUGUGGGAUUGCUGCUGAUUUGAUUCAGAAGUUAUAUAUGCUCUUUUCACCUGGGGAAGUGAUGGUGAAUGACAAGCAAGAAGCACAUUCAGAAGAAAUUACAGCUUCAGGAAAUGAUGAGCAACAAGGAAAAAAAGGCAGGCAAAAGAGACAAGUUUCCACCGCCAAAAGACGCUCUCCAGCAAGACCCUGCCCUCCCGCAAGAAGACUGCAAGCCUACGGCGAAGCAGCGGGUGGCAGCUCCAGCAGGGAGCGGAGCUGCCUCCUUAGUGCGCUCCUGCGGGCGCGCAGAGAUUCUAAGCGCCCCGGUGCCCCGCGCUCGGUCUCCGGGGAGGGUGUGCAGCUACGAACAGGAGCUCUACGCAGGAGACAACCUGGCAGACAGUCCAAGCCGCAGAACGCCCACUCCCACCGUCACCCCUCCGGCGGCGCCCGCCUCCCGGAGACGCGCGGGCCGCGGGCGGGCGGUGGGGAGCGUUUCCCGGGGCGGGGCGACUCGCACAUAGGCUCGGGCGGGCCUGGGCCCCCGUCCCGGUGUCGCGGGCUGCACCGUCUUGCUCCGCGGGGAGCGCCCGGGCCGGCCGGUCUCCGAGGUGAGUGCGGGCUGCAGCGGGAUGCACGGCGGUCUCCGAGGGGAAGCCCUGGGUCCGAGCGGGCGGGGCGCACUCCGGGCGGAGCUCAGGGCGAGGACUGCGAGAGACGGAAAGAAGUGAACUUCUAA